GUCUCCUGCCACCCACACCAGCUGUCCCACUCGACAUGGAGAAGAUCCUGAUCCUCCUGCUUGUCGCCCUCUCUGUGGCCUAUGCAGCUCCUGGCCCCCGGGGGAUCAUUAUCAACCUGGCUGGAGUGUAGUGGCACAAUCUCGGCUCACUGCAAUCUCUGCUUCCCGGGUUCAAAUGAUUCUCCUGCCUCAGCCUCCCAAGAAGCUGGGAUUACAGGAGAACGGUGAGCUCUGCAUGAAUAGUGCCCAGUGUAAGAGCAAUUGCUGCCAGCAUUCGAGUGCGCUGGGCCUGGCCCGCUGCACAUCCAUGGCCAGCGAGAACAGCGAGUGCUCUGUCAAGACGCUCUAUGGGAUUUACUACAAGUGUCCCUGUGAGCGUGGCCUGACCUGUGAGGGAGACAAGACCAUCGUGGGCUCCAUCACCAACACCAACUUUGGCAUCUGCCAUGACGCUGGACGCUCCAAGCAGUGAGACUGCCCACCCACUCCCACACCUAGCCCAGAAUGCUGUAGGCCACUAGGCGCAGGGGCAUCUCUCCCCUGCUCCAGCGCAUCUCCCGGGCUGGCCACCUCCUUGACCAGCAUAUCUGUUUUCUGAUUGCGCUCUUCACAAUUAAAGGCCUCCUGCAAACCUUU